AUGAGUUUGGAUUCGACAUCUGAGAGUUCAACUGUGAACACGUACGGUAUUCGCGGGUUUCCGGCGAAUUGUGUUUGUGGGACAAAGAGAACAAUCUACACGUCGGAGACUAACAAGAAUCCGGGGAGAACUUUCGUCAGAUGUCUUACUAGAAGAAAGAACCACUUGUUUAAAUGGGUUGAGGAUGCUGUUUAUGAAGAGGUUCAAGAUGCCUUACCAAAAAUUGUACUGCUUGAAGCUGAGCUUAACAAAGAAAAAUCUGAUAUUGCGGAUUUGAAGGGUGUGGUCGCUGAGUUGAUGGAAGAGGUUGUCAGAACCAAAACAGAGGUGAAGAGAUGUAAAGUGAUGGUAAAGAUCUUGCUUGUGAUCAUGUGCUUGAUCAGCAUUGUCUUAGUAGUUAGUUUGAUGUAG